GAUAGUGGCGUCUCUAUCGGCGUCUUUAACAAUUGAUAUUUCUUUCCUGGGGGGUAUUCAGGGGUAUCUAAGAAGACUUUAUUUUUUAGCAAGCGGCAUUGGCUCAGGAUCGUCUCCAAUCGUCUUUUAAGGUAGCGGAAAGCACGUUUAUGUAAUUUCUGCUAGCCGGUCUUUACGAUCCCGUCCGCUCUAACGGAUUUUAGUUAAGACUUUUUAUUGAAGAAGUUAAGUAAUCCCGUAGUGAAAAAUAAUCAUGGGCGUGGAUGUCGAGAUUCUUAUUCACGGUGAUGGCCAAACUUAUCCCAAAACAGGACAAACCGUAGUUGUUCACUACACAGGUACCUUAAGCAAUGGAAAGGUAUUUGACUCUAGCAGGGAUCGUGGAAAACCAUUUAAAUUUAGAAUUGGUAAAGGAGAGGUAAUUAAAGGUUGGGAUCAAGGUGUGGCUCAAAUGUGUGUUGGAGAACGUGCAAGGCUAACAUGUUCACCAGACUUCGCUUAUGGCAGUCGAGGACACCCUGGAGUUAUUCCACCUAAUUCCGUUCUUAUCUUCGACGUAGAGCUGCUGAAGGUGGAGCCUUAGGAUACUCUACAGAGUCUAUUUGUACCGACCAAACACCUAAAUAUCUGAAAACUAAACAAAAAACGCUUUGAAAUUAAUUACGUUAAGUAGUCAUUGUACAGACGGCACUUUGUACACAAUAAUUCAAUCGCUCAUAUUUUUACAAAAAAACACAUGUGUAAUUUAUCUCUUUUUCUUUCUCUCUUUCUGAUUAUAGUUUACAUUAAAAAUAUUAACGAAAGAAAAAUAAAAUAAAGGAAUUAAUAAAGACUAAAAUAAUACUUACACUAUAUGAAUUCUAUAAAUAUAUAUUAAGAUUAUAUGUAACUAUACGCGGUUUAAUUAUUUUAACACUACUUAACUUGUGUAGUUUGCUUCGAGAUGUUCCUGCAAUGAGCGAUUGAAUAAUUAAAUCUUAAAACAUUUGAAAAGUAAUCUACAAUCUGUGUUCAUUCCACUUACUUAGCAUUUGGUAAAUAAUCAUUUGCAUAUUUUGUACAAAAAUUUAUAAUAUCACACCAAGUGUAAUUGUACUAACGAUGUAAUAGUCCUAAAUAUUUACAUUUUAAAAUUCAAUAAAAAAUUGAACUUACUGAAUAA